GCAGAGCAGGGGUCUUGCCCUGUCCCAGGGGGGGCAGGCGAUCGCUGGACAGAGGAAGACGAAAGAAGUGCUCCUAUUCUUGGUGGGCUGGGCUGAGUCGGGUGAGUCUGUGGAAGACCUGAACAGGUGCGUGGAGAAGGCAGCCAUGGAGGCCUCACUGAUCUUCUUCUGCUCCCUGCUGCUUCCGGCCAUCUUUGCAGAUGUGACUGAUCAGAAGGAGGACAAAGACCCCUUUAACUAUGACUACCAGACCCUGCGGAUCGGCGGCCUGGUGUUUGCUGUGGUCUUCUUCACCGUUGGGAUCCUCCUGAUACUGAGCAGACGAUGUCGGUGCAGCUUCAGCCAAAAGCCGCGGGCUCCGGGAGACGAGGAGGCGGCCCCAGCAGAGAACUUGAUGGCCUCAAAUGCAACGGGAGCCCCCAAGGCAGAGAACUGAAAUCAGCUUUUGAG